AAGUCGAUCACAGUAUCCCUUCAAUGUAAACAAACAGUGAGAAAUUAAAAAAUAUCAUAAAUUAAAGGCAUUUGUAAAAUAUUUGGUCAGUAAACUGUGAAAUUCCGACGCAGAGAAACCCGUACCCUAAAUAUCUCAUGAUUCAUUUAAUUGCACCAAAGGUUGCAACAUAGGUGGUGAAUUUUAAUCAUUUAAUGAAAGAUUUCAUAACCUAGUGCUGGGACAAUUCUAUAAACAUUCACGCAAUAUAAUUAUAAUUAAAUGCCCAAGAGAUAUAUAUAGGUAGAAUGGACAUAAACUAGGAAUUGGUAAUGUGUAUAGAACAGAAUGGGUGGAAAACGCUAUUAUUGUGACUAUUGCCAAUGCUUUAUGAUUAACGAUAUUAAAGUUCGAAAAACGCACAAUGAUUCCGUGUCACAUAAGACUAACAAAAUCCGAUGCAUGCGGAAAUUUGAUGAUCCGCGUAAAGUUUACGAAGAAGAAAUUGCAAAACCAACGUGUCGACACUUCUUAAGAGGAUAUUGUCGCUUCGAUUUGUAUUGUCAAUCCUCACAUUAUACACAAAAGGAACUGGAUGAAUUAAGACUAUUAGGUACUAGCUUGGAAAAGAAAGAAAAUAAUUCUAGAACAAAUGUAAGUGGCAUAACUUCGCAGCAAAUACUAAACCCUUGGUUGCCAUGGACGGAAAAUGUUUUGCAAAAAAAGAAACGAACAAAGAAAAACUUACCGCCAUCCUUAAGGCCAAUAAAUUUGAAGAAAUUGAAAAAAAUCAUAAACGACAGCAACUCAUGGGGUUAAUUUACUUAUUAGAUUCGUAAUUUUGUAAUUUUACUAUGACAAUAAUUGUAUAACCCUUUCCAUUGCACUAUCUAUAUCUAAGCUUAACUUUAAUGAUUUACCAAAUUCAUUGAAAAAUGUCUUACAAUCUUGACCACUAAGAUUUUCUGUUCGUGGAUCACUCAAAUGUGCCAGAAGAAAAUAUAUUAAAUGCUCUGUAAUAAAAAGUAAAAAAAGGAAAAA